AACGUCUUUUCGUCGUGAUCUUCAGUUUAUUUUGUGAAACGUUCGCAACUUCGCAGUCAGAAGAAAAGUUAAAGAAAUGUCUAAUGAGCAAGAAGUUAUGGAGAAGGGUGCCACCGCACCCUUUUCCGUAGUCAUAAUAACUCUUUCUCUUGGAGCUAUAAUUUUGUUAUUGAUGAUUGUAUGCGGAGCGGGCAGAGGAAAACCAGAAGAAGAAGAAAUCGAGACUAAUGAGAAGAAACCUAAAGAGAAGAAACCAACCCAAGGGACCAAGAAGCAAACAAAAUCUGGUAACCAUGGCAAUAAGAAGUCAUCACAGAAGGCAUUUACUCAUCCUCUCCUAGCUUCCUCACUCAAGGAACACAGUCACAAUGUUCUCGAUCUGGAUUUCAGUAUCAAUGGCAAAUAUGUUGCUUCGUGUUCUGAAGAUAGGACCGUUCGUGUUUGGAGCGUUAAAGAAUUCAAAGAGAAAGAACACAAAUGUGUUAGAGGAAAUGUGGAAUACGAUCAUGCUACAAAUAUCAAGUUCAGUCCAGACUGCAAGUCUUUCAUCACAAGCAUCACCAAUGGCAAUUGCAUUCGUGUUUUUAAACUUGGUAAAAAGGAAGACAGCUCAUCAGCUCAAAUUACUCCUGUUCUUGACUUUCCCAAGAGUCGUGAUCAAGAUAUAUUGAGUAUUGGCGUAGGGUCCAAUGCAUCAGGUAGCUUCAUCAUGGUGGCAUACAGAGAUACUACAAUACAGAUCUGGAAUACAAAAGGAGAAGUACUAACUUCACUGGAUACACAUCAUAUGAACAACAAUUAUGCAGCUGUUUCCCCAUGUGGUCGAUUUGUAGCAUCCUGUGGCUUUACACCAGAUGUAAAGGUGUGGGAAGUGAUGUUUACCAAAGGUGGUGAUUUCAAUGAGGUUAGGAGAGCAAUGGAGUUGAAAGGUCAUAAGGCAAGCGUCUAUUACUUCUCUUUCAAUCUUGACUCGUCAAGAAUGGCUACGGUGUCUAAAGAUGGCACAUGGAAACUGUGGGAUACAGAUGUUGAGUAUGCCAAGCAGCAGGAUCCAUACCUCCUCCUGACGGGUCAGUACCCCCACUCCGGCCCUUGCCUCAUUGCCCUGUCUCCUGAUGCCUACAGUGUAGCUAUUGCUCAGGGCACUGAGAUAUGGCUGUACAGCGCCGAUGGUAAACAAGAAGAAGAGCACUUCCAAGAUGUACACUCACAGAGUAUCUCCAAACUAGGCUUUGAUCCCAGUGGGAAGUAUCUUGUAUCAACUGGUGACCGCUUCAUUCGAAUCUUCCACAACAUCAUUGGUUUAAAGGCACUUGUCUCUGAUCUAGAAGGAAAACUAAAAAAGACAACGUCGGGAGCCAUGAAGGAGAGACUCAACUUUCAGAUCAAGUCAACCAGUGCUGAUAUUGAUGCCAUCUUGAAUAUAAAACCACCUGCAACUCCACCUGCGACAUGACACAGACAGUCCAGAGGGGAAUCCCUGUAGAUCAUAGUGAGGUCAUUGGGGAAUUUCCCUUCCAGCAGGUGCCUUCAAAGGCUUUCAUGACAUUCUCUAAUAGUUUACUUCUAGUUUUGCUUUUUAUUUUUCUUUAGAUUUAGAAUGUUAAACAAUUUUUAGUGAAGGUUUUUGGUAGUACUUAGAAUCAAAUAGGGUUUAAUAUAAAAAGUGUUAGAAACAUCAGAUUAUGUUUUUAGAAGAUAUUAGUAAUUGGUGGUAAGCCACCAACAGAGCUGGCAACUCCUUUCUGUUGCAAUAUAUAAAUUGUUGUGGGGAGGGUUGUCAAAAUAUUUCAGAUUUCAUGGAAAUGGUGUUGUGAAAUCUGUUGCAAAAGAGGUGAACAUGAUUGUGGUACACUGUAACUACUGUCUGGGCUCUCAAAGUAUUACAAGGUCGACUGUUUUAUGCAAGUCAGUUAUCCCUGGAAAUUUUCAGACCAACAACUUCAGCAAAAAGCAACAAAGUAGCAAAGGAUAGACAGACAUGUGAACUUUAACAAAGAUUCCAUGUUCUAAUCUUGUUGCUUUUCUUUUCAAUGAAAUUUGUUUUAUCCCCAAAGGAAUACUGCAAGCUGUUUGUAUAGCUGAAAAUAUAAUUUUCAUAAGCUAUUCAAAUUUACCCACUUGUAUUUCUUAUCAAAUCUCUCAGGUUCGAUCACCUUUCAGGGCCCUAAGUGUCAAAUAUCAAUUGUUAAAUUUUUUAUUCAUGAUUGUUAUUGAAGUUCAAUAACUAUGAAUAAGAAUAUGACAGUUCAUUUUAAGUAUUGAUCACUUCUCUAUAGGUUACAGGGCCCAGGGAUGAAAUUGUUUGCUUUACCCCAAAAUGCAUAUCUCAAACUUAAUCUGUGGUACUAGAAGGUGAUCUCCUAAUUUGAAUAUGCUACUCUUUACAACUCAUGCUUGUGUAUUGUUAUUAGUCAUUCACUGCAGAACAAAAUGCAUCCCUUAGAACAGGGAGCAUGCUAUUAACCCUAAUAAUCUGAGGGGGGGUGGGUUUGGCUGGACGUUAUGGCCCCCUUGACAAUUUUUGUGAUAAAUGUGCUCGCGAAAAAAAAAUUGACGAACACCUAGGUACACACUUACGGAAA